CCCGCUCGGCCUGGGCUCGGACCGAGCUCGGACGCCGGGCUGCGGGCUCCGGUCCCCGGUCCCCGGUCCCGCACACGGCCGCGCCCGCCCAGCUGACACGCUCCCCGCUCCAGCUGCUUCUGUCCGCCGCCCGGACCGGCCAAGCUGAUCGACUCCCCCCAGCCGCCCCCCAGGGCCCUCCGCCUCCCUCUGCCUCGCCCGGGAGGGGCCCUCGGUCCCAGACCCCAACCCCCGGGCCGGCCUGACCCCGGGGCUGCCCGCGAUGCCGUUUGGCUGCCUGGGCCUCCGACACGAGAAGAACUACAACAGCGAGAGUGACAUCGCCGACAAGUAUGAGAUCGGGGCGCUGCUGCGGGCGAAGGAGUUCUGCGAAUUGUGCGUGGCCCGGGAGCGCCGGACGGAGCGCCUCUUUGUCUGUAAGAAAUUUUUGAAGAAAGAUGGGCGGCAGGUGCGCCGGGCAGCCCGCAACGAGAUCCUCAUCCUCAAGAUGGUGAAUCACCCCAACAUCUUGCAACUCAUCGACACCUUUGAGACACGCAAGGAGUUUUACAUCAUCCAGGAACUGGCUACCGGGGGAGACGUGUUUGACUGGAUCCUGGAGCAGGGCUCCUACACGGAGCGAGACGCAUCCGGCGUGGUGCGGCAGGUGCUGGAAGCCCUCGCCUACCUGCACGGUCUGCGUAUCGUGCACCGCAACAUCAAGCUAGAGAACUUGAUGUAUUACACCCAGAACAGCCACUCCAAGGUGAUGCUCAGAGACUUCUACCUGUCCCGCUUCGAAAGCGGAGCCCUUACCGAGCCCUGUGGCACCCCUGAGUACCUGGCCCCGGAAGUUGUCGCGCGGCAAAGAUACGGCCGCCCCAUCGACUGCUGGGCCGUCGGGGUCAUCAUGUUCAUCCUGCUGUCUGGGAAUCCUCCUUUCUACGACGAGCAGGAGGAGGAGGGCGGCGACGACGGCAACAGCAACCGCACCAUCUUCCGCAAGAUCCUGGCGGGAGACUACAGCUUUGACCCCCUGUACUGGGGAGACAUCUCCCCUGCAGCUAAGAAGCUGGUGAUGAGGCUCAUGGAGAUCGAUCAGGACCAACGCAUCACGGCCCAGGAAGCGCUCGGCCAUGUCUGGAUCUCGGGGAACAUGGCGGCCGAGAAGAACCUGCGGGAGGGUGUGUGCGCCCAGAUCCAGAAGAAUUUUGCCAAAGCCAAAUGGCAGAAAGCGAUCCGUGUGACAACCUUCAUGCAGCGUCUCCGUGUCCCUGAGCCAGGGAGCCGGCUUCCUGUGACCCCUCGCAGCGCCAUGAGUGUCACCCACCAGGUCACAGUGGAGGCUGAGGGGGGGGAUCGGGUUGAGAUGGGGGACCAGGUUGGGGUGGACAGUCAGCAGGAGGCCUCCAAGGACUGAUGCUGUUUGCUGCCUUUCUCCCGAUUCCCCUUCUCGAGGGCCCAACCCCUUUCCCUGCCAUGGUUUCCCGGGGGGACUGGAACCCCUGAGCCAAGAUGAAGGACAAACAGGUAUCCACCCCGGCUAAAAAAACCCGAAAAAACAAAUCCAAAAAACCAGGGCGGUUCUCUCCUCACCCUCGGAUUUCCCUGGUUGAGAAUCGACAAUUUGUCACCCUCCAGGCCUCAGCCCCUGGUAACUCUAGGGGAAAGAGAGGCCCUCCCUGGGGUUAGUUCUUUUACAUGCCCCCCUUCCCUCCCCAAAUCCCCACGCUUUACUCCCCUGGGACUCCCGGCGGCUCUGGGAGGUGAAGGAUCACGGUUCGGUUCGGUGGACUGAGCGGAGAAGCUUCUUUCCUCCUUCCCUCCCCCCGCUGCACCCCAGGCCAGGAAGAGGGAGGGGAAGGUGGCUGAGGAAGAGGAAAGGAAGGCUGCAUGGAAAGAAGAGGAGGAGGAGGUUCUGGUUGUUUGUUGAGUGGUUCACAUCCCUCCCUUUCAGUUUCCUUAGAAGCCACCCAAAAGGCCUCAGAGGAGUGGAGCCAGUUUGCCCCCCAUCCCCACCCCCGCCGGGCCUACCUUCGGAUGCGGGGUGGCGUGGGGCCGCUCCACGGUCCCCAGCUCCCCUGACCCUGUGCCCACCCCACCGGGCUAUGCAUGCUAACACCUGCUGCAUGCCUUUCCCAGCCUUGCACCUGUUUUCUGACCAGUGCGUGUCCCAGCUCCUCCCUCUUGCCCCCCCCCCC